CUCACCUGCCCGAGCUGAAGGUGCGGUGGUGGGGUGGGGGCGUACUCAGCAGGCGGCCACGGCCGUGGUCCCACUGCGCGGGUGGGCAGCCCGAGGCCAGCCCGGCCCCGCCGCCUUCCCCGCCCCCGGCGCGCCCCUCCCCGGCCGCCGCGUCCCUGGCUCCGCGGCACAGCGCCCGGCUCGGGUUCCGGCGGCUGCACCUGGGCCACAGCUGGCGUCCGGCGGGGGCACGCUGCCCGCCCCCCUCCGCGAUGACCACAGCCGGCGCCCCGGGCGCCCUGCCCGCUGGGACUGCUGUGAGCAGCCUACAUGAGGCCCUGGACCAGUGCAUGAUCGCCCUGGACCUCUUUCUCACCAACCAAUUCUCAGAAGCACUCAGCUACCUCAAGCCCAGGACCAAGGAGAGCAUGUACCACUCGCUGACGUAUGCCACCAUCCUGGAGAUGCAGGCCAUGAUGACCUUUGACCCUCAGGACAUCCUGCUUGCUGGCAACAUGAUGAAGGAGGCGCAGUUGCUAUGUCAGAGGCACCGGAAGAAGUCCUCUGUAACAGACUCCUUCAGCAGCCUGGUGCACCGCCCCACUAUGGAUCAGUUCACCGAAGAGGAAAUCCACGCUGAGGUCUGCUAUGCAGAGUGCCUGCUUCAGAGAGCAGCCCUGACUUUCCUGCAGGAUGAGAACAUGGUGAGCUUCAUCAAGGGCGGCAUCAAAGUUCGAAACAGCUAUCAGACCUACAAGGAGCUGGACAACCUCGUGCAGUCCUCACAAUACUGCAAGGGAGAGAACCACAGGCACUUCGUAGGAGGUGUGAAGCUCGGCAUGGGCGCCUUCAACCUGACGCUGUCCAUGCUCCCUACUAGGAUCCUACGGUUGCUGGAGUUUGUGGGAUUUUCAGGAAACAAGGACUAUGGGCUGCUGCAGCUGAAGGAGGGUGCCUCAGGGCACAGCUUCCGGGCCGUGCUCUGCGUCAUGCUGCUGCUGUGCUACCACACCUUCCUCACCUUUGUGCUCGGCACUGGGAACGUCAACAUCGAGGAGGCAGAGAGGCUCUUGAAGCCCUACCUGAAGCGAUACCCUAAGGGCGCCAUCUUCCUGUUCUUCGCGGGAAGGAUUGAAGCCAUUAAAGGCAACGUUGACGCAGCUAUCCGGCGGUUUGAGGAGUGCUGCGAGGCCCAGCAGCACUGGAAGCAGUUCCACCACAUGUGCUACUGGGAGCUGAUGUGGUGCUUCACCUACAAGGGCCAGUGGAAGAUGGCCUACUUCUAUGCCGACCUGCUCAGCAAGGAGAACUCCUGGUCCAAGGCUACCUACAUCUACAUGAAAGCUGCCUACCUCAGCAUGUUUGGGAAGGACGACUACAAGCCGUUUGGGGAUGACGAAGUGGAGUUGUUUAGAGCUGUGCCAGGCCUGAAACUCAAGAUUGCUGGGAAAUCUCUACCCACGGAGAAGUUUGCCAUCCGGAAGUCCAGGCGAUACCUCUCCCCCAAACCUGUCUCUUUACCAAUCCCUGCUCUGGAAAUGAUGUACAUUUGGAAUGGCUACGCUGUGAUUGGGAAGCAGCCAGAACUCACAGACGGGAUACUUGAGAUUAUCACCAAGGCUGAAGAGAUGCUGGAAAAGGGGCCAGAAAAUGAGUACUCAGUGGAUGAUGAGUGUUUAGUGAAGUUGCUGAAAGGCCUGUGUCUGAAAUACCUGGGCCGUGUCCAGGAGGCUGAGGAGAAUUUUAGGAGCAUCACUGCCAAUGAGAAGAAGAUCAAAUAUGACCACUACCUGAUCCCAAAUGCCCUGCUGGAGCUGGCCCUGCUGUUCAUGGAGCAAGGCAGAAAUGAAGAGGCUGUCAAACUCUUGGAAACUGCCAAGCAAAACUACAAGAAUUACUCCAUGGAGUCAAGGACACAUUUUCGAAUCCAGGCAGCCACACUCCAAGCCAAGUCUUCUCUAGAGAAUGGCAAUAGAACCAUGGUCUCCUCAGUGUCCUUGUAGUUUUGUGCAGCACUCCCAAGCUGGAAGACAGAGACAGCUGAACAGAGCUCCUGGAAACAUUUCAAAACUGAUCCCCUCGCCCUGCCCUGCCUUCGGGGUCCACCGGUGCUCCAGUGAGAUGGCAUGACCUGAGUAUCCGUGAAGAAGCCAAGCUGGCAUUUUCACCAGUGUGGCCAAGGUCCUUUGCCAAGGACAGAGCAGGUGGAGCCCUCUGCCUGCCCUAUCACAUAUACGGGUACUUGUUUUUCACUGUGAUGUUUAAGAGAAUGUACGUGCAGUUUACAUUUUCCUUAGAAAUACAAUGAUGGGAUCAUAGUUGGCUUUUUUAAAAACCA